AUGGGUUCCCACUGUGCCAAGCUCGGCACAGGCCACGGCCGGGGCCACGAAUCCUCCAUGAAGAAGCUCGUGGCCUGCGUGAGUCAGGAUAACUUCUCCUUGUCGUCCGAGGGUGAGGAGGAGGAGGAGGAGGGAGAGGCAGAGGGAGAGGAAGAGGAGCUCCCGGUGCAGGGCAAGCUGCUGCUGAUGGAGCCUGAGUGGCAGGAGGAAGGCGCCAAAGACGACUCUGUGGCCCAGAAGAGGUGCCGGUCGCUCUUCCAGAGAGAAGAACUUUCAGAAAAGAGUAAAUAA